UUUUCUAAUACCUCUAAAGGGGUUUGAAGACGAUGUCCGUCCGAGGAUACUUUGUCGCUUUUUCCAAAUGCACAGUUCUUUUUUCUCUGAGGAUUUUGCUUCUUGUGCCUGCAGGGUUGCCAGUCCGCAGCCAAGGGGAUUCUCAAUCCGACAACAAAGUGAUGGACAAUAUCACCGUCCGACAAGGCGAGACUGUCUUUCUCAGGUGUGCACAGGGGGACGUUGUCACACACACAGCAUGGCUCAACCGGUCAAGUAUACUGUAUGCCGGAGAAGAUAAAUGGUCGGUGGAUCCCAGAGUGAGUCUGGUGACCCUCAAUCAAGAGGAGUUUACCAUCAAGAUUGAAAACGUGGACAUGACAGAUGAAGGGCAGUAUGUGUGCGCCGUGCAGACCAGCCUUCGGCCCAGAACCACCUCAGUGCACAUCCUCGUCCAAGUUCCACCUAAAAUCAUCAACCUGUCCAAAGACCUGGUGGUGAACGAGGGCUCCAACGUCACUCUGAUGUGCCAGGCCAGCGGUAAACCAGAGCCCUCCAUCAGCUGGAAACUCAUCUCCUCCUCAGGGGACCUGGCGUCAGAUGAUGAGUACCUGGAAAUCCCAUCCAUCUCCAGACAGAGAGCGGGGACGUACGAGUGCACAGCUGUCAACGACAUCGACACAGACGUCCAGACCGUAGACAUCACCGUCAACUAUGCUCCAACUGUGUCAGAGGGCAGAGAUGUCGGAGUGACUCUGGGCCAAACAGGAGUGUUGGAGUGCGAGGCCGACGCGGUGCCCGAGGCAGAUUUUGAGUGGUAUAAAGAUGACAGAAGAAUCUUCAAUGGCUUUGAUGGAAUGGAGAUCAUGGUCACCGGAUCUCUGUCCAAGCUGACUUUCUUUAACGUGUCUGAGAGCGAUUAUGGAAACUACACCUGCGUUGCCAUUAACAAACUGGGGAGUUCAAACACAAGCUUUCUUCUGUACGUGGUAAUUGAACCCACUAGCUCAACGCUAUUGCAAGGACCGAGAGCAGUUCAGGACGGCAGCGGCGGCGCGAUGGGCGUCCACUCACACACCUGCCUCCUCUUCAUAGUGAUUCUGCCGUUCCUGCUCAGAUUUUGAAGAGGGAUGCAUCGGAUCAAGAGUGUUUUGUGUGUGGGAGUGGAUGCGUAUGUGUGCGUGUGUUAUUAUUUCUUUCUUUCUUUUUUUUUUUUUUUUUUUUUUUUUUUUUCCAACUGGAACCAUAAACUGAUGCACAUGUACUGAGUGCAUGUAUCCUACUACAUAAAUGAUGUUGACCCACUAAAUAAGUACGUAACAAAAGUUUCUGAUGUUUUUUUUUUUUUUUUUUAGAUUUCAAAGAUGUAACAAAUGUUCCACACUUUAAUUGAAUUAUGUCGGGUAUUUUUCUCUCUAAAUUAUAUUAUUCUUGGUUGUCUCUUUUUACAUAUGUCUCCGGAAAAAAAAAAAGAGGAUUUUUUAAAUGUGAUGUCUCUUGUUCAAAUGGAUUUGUCUUACUUUUUAACAGCAUUGCAUAUUCAUCUCAACUCCAGGAAAAGGCAAAUUUACUGCAAGUACGAGAGGUGAAUGUUAAAUACCUCAAAGUCAAACCGAGACAGUGAAGCAGAGGGAAUUUAGGUUACCCCGAGGCUGAAAGCCUGGUAUUAUCAUAUUUUAAUGUAUAAUAAUUAUCAUUCAGUCUGGUUGUUGAAAGCAGAAUUGUUUUUGACCUUCAAGUAUUUUUGUUCUCAGCAUUAUAGUGAUAUAUUUGCAGUUGUGUUAAGCUAAUCCUAUAACAUUAUUUUUGGAAUUUUAUUUAGUUUUAAAUAUUUUUCAGAAGGGAAAUGAAGUUGUAAUUAUUUAGAACGGAUAUCCUAGUUUUAUGGUGUUAUUUGUUGUCUUUUUUUCUCUCUCUCUCUCUUUUUUUUUUUUUUUUUUUUUUCCCUUUACCAGUACAGUUGCACACAAAAAUGGUGUCAACGCUUAUUAUGUUGUUAUAAUUAAGUAGUUGAAACAGAAGAGUUUAUUCCACUUGUGUGGAGUCGACAUCUGACUCAAUUAAUGCAAAUUUAUUAAUGCAGUUGUUACUUGUUUGAACGUCUCACAUUAUACACAACACAGUUAUUUGAGAAAAUGUUCGUGUUCAUGUUCCACAACCAGCACUGGAAGGUUAGAGACCACUCAGUAAGAUCAUGUUAACAGAAAAAUAAACACUUUGCAUGUAUUUAGACACCAAUAACCCAAAGACUGAGGCGUUUUUAUACAGCACCCAACUUCAUCGGCUCUCUCUUUCUUCAGUUCAGUAUCAAAUAGAAGACAUGAACACAUUUUUUUUUUUUUUUUGCCAUAGCGUUAUCUUUUCACAAACUGCAUACCGAAGGAGUAAGGUGGGCACAAUUUCAAAAAAAACAAAAAAACUCCUUCAUACCUUUAAAUGGACGAUUGUGAAAUGCUCCCAUUCAAAGUGACAUUUCCAGCUCUUAUUAAAGACGAUAACAUUGCAGGUUCACUGUUUGCGAGCCAAUUGCAAUAACCCGGAUUGAUUAAAGGUCUGAGCGACAAAAAAAAAAAAAAAAAA